ACGGUUAACAUUUAUGUUCUGGAAUAAUAAAAGAAUAAUCCAUUGACACAUAUCAAUUUUCGUCAUUGUCCUUAGUUUUGUGUUGUUUCUGUGUUAAAUGUGUUAAUUAUACAAUAUUUAAAAAAAAAAAUCAAAAUGAAUCUCGAAAACUCAGGUUUCCAUGUGCUAAAACUCCUUGGCGAGGGUACAUUUGGCAAAGUUUUCUUAGCCGAAACUGCAAACCAUCGUCACCCGGUUUGUGUGAAACAAAUUGUAAUGCAAAACCCCUCGACCGAACUGAAAAUGAUCCGUGAAGAAGUCUACAUCAUCUCUCAGCUCAAACAUCCUCGCAUAAUAAAAUUCCUGCAAUCGUUUGUCCAAGGAGAAGUCGUCAACAUCAUAAUGGAAUACGCCUCAGGGGGGACAAUGCGAACAAUCAUCGAAAAUAACCUCAAAAAGCCGCUCACCCAAAGCGAACUUCUCGCCUACUUCUGUGAUAUGCUGAGUGGCUUGGAAUACCUUCACAUUCGUCACGUUAUCCAUCGCGACUUGAAGCCCGAGAAUAUUUUGAUCGAUAAGAAUAAUCGUAUUAAAAUUGCUGACUUUGGGAUUGCCCUGAUUCAUUCGAGUCAUGCCAAGAAGAUGGAUGCCCUUGGAACACCAUACUACCUGGCUCCAGAGAUAUUGAGGGGUUAUACGUGUGACUUUAAGGCGGACAUUUGGUCGCUGGGGUGUAUUUUGUAUGAAAUGUGCACGGGGUGUGGUCCGUUCAGCUUUGCCGAGACUAUGAGUGAAUUGAGGGCAAUGGUGUUGCAUAGCUCUUCGGCAUUUUAUCACUGCAAGAAGAUGGAGCUGUACUACGGGAAGAUGUGGUCGGGGCUUUGCGAGAGAAUGCUGACCUAUGACCGAACGCAAAGGAUACCAUUGCCUGAGAUUGUUAAGUUUAAUCCAACGAUUACAUUGUAUUUUUAUAAUUUGUAUUUUGACUACUCAUACUGACUCUUGUUUAUUUUUGUUUGUUUCUAUUUUAAUGUUUAACGUUGUAAAAGUCUUUGAUUAAAAAUGUGAUUGUUU